AUGACGGCACUGUUAGCCGCGCCGACGCGCGCGACGGACGCCGUCGCGGCGCGCGCGCGCGAGGCGUCGUCGAUCGACGACGGUGAAGACGUCGAUCGAACGACGACGCGCGACGGCGACGAACGCGCGAGCGACGAACGCGCGGACGCGGACGACGCGAGCGCGAGCGGAAGUCAACCGAUGGGGAGCCUGGAGAGCGAAUCGAGCCCGAUGGGGAGCUUGGCGAGCGAUGAGGAGGCGGACGAGGACGACGAGGACGACGGGCGACGCGACGCGAAGAAGGAAUGGACGCUGGAGGAAGAGAGGAUGUUUUACGAGACGUAUCUGAGCACGAAUGGGAACAUGAAGAAAGUGUGUGAUGCGAUGGAGCGGGCGCCGUACGAGCGGGAUCGGAAGUUGGUGCAAAAGUUUCGAUUCAACGCGACGCGGCGGUUGCAGGGGUGCCUGAAGAGUUUGAAUUUGAGCUUGGAUACGAAGGACAAGAGGGAGGUUUUGGAGGCGUUUCGAUCAUAUUGGAAGUUUCGCCAGGCGGCGGGGUUGGAGGGUGAGAGUGUGCGGGCAUUUGGACAGCGAUUGGGGUCGAAGGUGCACGGGCUGCAAAAGAAGUGCGCCGAGGCGCUGCGGAGAGACUUGAGCGCGACCGGGCUUCGGCCGGAGUGGCGGAAUAUGGGCGAGAUGGAGGCGAGCGGGCGCGGGAAAGGUGACGCCGUGGCGAAGACUGACGUGACGCACGAUGUAGUGGAUGAGUUCGGGGAGAAUAUUGAAGGGACGGACUCGGUCAUCGUCGAAAACGGCAAGCCUAAAUUUGUGGUGCAAAUGUUCCCGCUCAACCGGGAGACGUACGACCAAGUCGCCGGGACGAAAGGGUUCAAUCCGAUUUUAGAGCUUGCGUUGAGGCAAAGGAAGACCGUGUCGUCUCUCGCGUUGCACUUGAGCGAGAAGUGGGUGCAUGCGCGGCCGACGCCGAGUCAUAUUUUACAAAUUUACCCGUUUUCAAGCGCAUCCGGCGCCCUCGGUCCUUGGAACGUCAAGUUUGGCGACUUGAAGAUGACGGACCUGUUCGCUUCUCUGGACGAACCGAGGUGUUUUCGGUUGCGAUAUGCGUGGGUGCACGAGACUAAGGCACGCGCGCCCGGUCAAACGCCGCCGAAGACGGUCGAGAAACGCAAGUCUAACGCGUUCAGCGGCAUCUCCAUCGGCGCCGUCACUUUCGAUCCGAUUCCCGGCGACACGCCGGCGACGAAGACGGUAAAGCAACCGUUAGACAUUGGGACCGGUGAGCUUACGAUGGGCGACUUCGCCGAUAUCGGCGACACGAAUCCUCCACCUACGCUUGGUUCCCGUGGGCGUCAACCGCUGGCGCGCGUCAACUCCCAGCCCGCGGCGCCUCCGCUGAGCGACAUUUUCCGCUCGCCCAAGAAGUCGAAACUUAUGCCACACUCCGACGCAUCGCUUCUCGGUGUGCUCGAUGGUAUAGACGACAUAGAACCAGGAAUUCCUGAUUUUGGCGGUGGCGACACGCUCAACGCGAUGGGUAUGGGUAUCUCCGAUUCUCUGUUGGGUUUCGAAGCGGGCGAUUCGCAAUUCUUGCGCGACUUUGCGGCGACGCGUUCGCGCGCCCCCGGCGUGCGAGAAAACGGUGGCGAAAAGGGACCGACCACGUUCACGGGCAUGUUCAAGCGCUGA